CAAUCGAGUACUUACGCAAAUACUGAUGUCAAGAAUAAAAAGAUGGAAGAAUUGCUUUUCAGAGAAUCUGCUGAUGAUGUUGACAGUGGCUGGAAUAAUAAUGGGUGUAAUCCUUGGUUUUAUCCUAAAAUUUAGCAAAUCUGAAGAUUCAAGCCGCGCGUGGACGAAGCGUGAAAUUAUGUAUCUACAAUUUCCUGGAGAUCUUUUUUUGAGAAUGCUUAAAUCGCUUAUCUUGCCACUCAUCAUAUCGAGUAUUGUUAGUGCUAUUGGUAGUCUAGAUCUUAAUCUUUCUGGUAAAAUUGGCAUACGUUCGAUAUAUUAUUAUGCAACAACGACAAUUUGCGCUGUUAUUCUUGGCGUUAUUCUUGUAACAACUAUACAACCUGGCACUUACGGUAAUGAAGAGGACUACAGUAUUGACAUAAACAAAGCUCCAAAACGUAACAUCACUACUACUGAUACACUUUUAGAUUUAGUCAGGAAUGUUUUUCCACCAAAUCUUGUACAAGCAUGUUUAUUUCAAUACCGAACUGAAUUAAAGCUUCCAUCAAAUACUACAAAUGAAACGUCAAAGUAUAAUUGGGAUAUAUCAUCUUCAUACGAUGAUGGAACAAACACUUUGGGUCUUGUUACAUUUGGUGUUAUUUUGGGAAUCACUAUUAGUAAAAUGGGAGAUCAAGGGAAGCCAUUACUCGAGUUCUUUAAUUGCCUCUCUGAAGCUAUGAUGAUUAUUACAAACUGGGUAAUUUGGUUAUCGCCCAUGGGUGUAACUUUCCUUGUGGCCUCACAGAUUUUGAUCGUGAAGAAUUUUAGAAGCAUUAUUGAGUCCCUAAGUAUGUACUUCCUUACCGUUUUACUGGGUCUUUUGAUACAUGGUUUUGGUACAUUGUCCAUCAUAUUUUUUGUAUGCACACGAGAGUUGCCAUUUCGAGCCAUUGGAAGAAUGAGUCAAGUGAUGAUCACAGCUUUUGGAACUGCAUCCAGUUCUGCUACGCUGCCAAUAACCUUGCAGUGUAUGGAUAAUAUGGGAGUGGAUUCAAGGAUAUCACGUUUCGUUGUGCCGAUAGGUGCAACCAUUAAUAUGGAUGGUACAGCAUUGUACGAGGCUGUAGCUGCCAUAUUCAUUGCUCAAGUUCGACACGUGCCUAUGAAUAUUAGCAAAAUUAUUGGUGUUAGUAUAACUGCUACAGCAGCCAGCAUAGGAGCUGCUGGCAUACCUCAAGCGGGAUUGGUCACAAUGGUUAUGGUGCUUAAUAGCGUUGGAUUGCCAGAUAAAGAUGUCACUCUGAUUCUUGCUGUUGAUUGGCUUUUAGAUCGAUUUCGAACUACAGUAAAUGUGAUGUGUGAUGCUUUAGCAGCUAUAAUUAUUGACAAAAUGAGCAAAGUUGAACUUGAUUCAGCUGAUAAUGAAGGAUUACACAAUGCAACCGAGCUUGCACAUUUAAGGAAGAUAGAAAAUUAAAAAUGUA